AUGCAAGCUCGUGAUUGGUUUUUAGUCCUCAUCGGCUUCUUCUUGCCUCCCGUUCCAGUCCUCAUUAAGAGAGGCUUCUUUUCAGCUGACUUCUGGAUUAACAUUCUUUUGUGUGUGUUAGGAUUCAUCCCUGGUUUGAUCCACUCCUACUACAUCAUCUCGUUAUACCCAUACAGCGAGACCUACGCUGCCUUGGGUGGCGAUGGCCACAACCACCGGACUAACGACUAUGGGUCGGUCUGA